GUGUGCAUAGCUAUAGCUAUAGCUAUAAAUAUAUAUAGAUCCGAAAAGGAAAGAGGCUGGUUUCGAUUACUGAAACAAUAGCUGCGACGAUGAUAUCGGAACUUCCAAGGGACAUGGCGGAGGAGGUGCUCUCUAAGCUUCCGAUGACAUCGCUGCGAGGAGUGAGAUUCACCUGCAAAAAGUGGAACACUAUAUCAAAAGAUAGGAGUUUUACAAAGAAGUACAGAGGUGAAGCAGCAAAGAGGAAGGAGUUUCAGGUGGUGAUGAUGCUCGACUACAAGGUUUACUUGAUGAGUGUCAAUCCCGUCGAUCCAUCUCCAUCUAUAGAGCCUAUUGGUAAACUUGUUAGCCUAGACGACGCUGCUCAUGACGGAGUCAAAAUACUUGAAAUCUUUCACUGCCAUGGUUUGUUGUUAUGCGUCACCAAAGAAUAUAGGCUUGUUGUUUGGAACCCUUUUAAUGGACAAACAAGGUGGAUCAAACCCAGAGAUUUUUACAGUAGAUAUGACAGGUAUGCUUUCGGAUACGAGAAGAAGACCAAGUUCUCGCGGCGUAGCCACAAAGUCCUGAGAUUUGUGAACAGUUACUACCGGAGAGUAAAUCGCCAAGUAUUGGAGUUUGAAAUCUUCAGUUUAAACUCUAACUCUUGGAAGCUUGUUGUUGUCAAUCCAGACUGGCAUAUACAGUAUUUUCACGGUGGCUUGUCUAUCAAGGGAAAUACUUACUGGUUUGCCGAAGAGAAGCUUGCGCCACAAGAAACAACAGAAAGGCGCUUUUUACUAGGUUUCAACUUUACAACAGAGAGUUUUGGACCGCUUCUGCCUCUGCCUUUUUGCGGUCCCUACGGAGAUAAAAUGUCUCUGUCUAGCGUUAGAGAAGAGCAGAUUGCUGUCUUGUUACAGAAAUCUGACGCACCAGCAUGCACGUUGAACAUAUGGAUUAGUAGCAAGGUUGGACCCAGUGGAGUGUCGUGGAACAAGUUGUUCUUAGCGGUUGAGAUGAACCCAUUCACCAAUUUUCAGUUUGUGAAUUACUCGUCAAGUUUCUUCGUUGACGUGAAGAAGAAGAUGGUCGUGUUUAUUGAUAUGAACCUAGGUACUCGUAACAUGGCUUACAUCAUUGGCGAAAAUAGAUAUUUCAAAACAGUGGAUCUCGAAGGUCUUGCAAAAGUAGAUGGUUGGCCAACUGUGUGCUCUUAUGUUCCAAGCUCGGUGAGAAUCAAUCAAGCUGCGCCACCAGGAAAACAGAAGAACACACCACCCUAAUCUAGUGACUUGUUAUUGUCGUGCUUACUUCAUGUUUUCUUUUGUCAUUUUUUUUUUGACUAUUAAUUUGUAUCUCUUCCCACAUUUCUCUGAAACACUCAAAUACAUCUUAAUUAG